AUGAAUGUGUCUAGUGGAGAAAUCACCCACCCCGUCAGUCACUUCAUCCUCUUGGGCUUUCCCUCCAGCCCAGAAAAGCAGCUCCUCUACUUCGGGCUCUUCUCAGUGACCUACACUCUAACCCUGAUGGGGAACGCAGCCAUUGCCUGUGCUGUGCGCUGGGACCGGCGCCUUCACACGCCCAUGUACAUCCUCUUGGGGAAUUUCUCUCUGCUGGAAAUCUGUUAUGUCACCACCACUGUUCCUAACAUGUUGGCAAACUUCCUCUCCACAAGCAAGUCCAUCUCCUUUGUGAGCUGUUUUGCACAGUUCUACUUCUUCUGCACCUUUGGCUGUGAUGAGGGCUUCUUCCUUUGCAUCAUGGCCUUUGACAGGUACCUUGCCAUCUGUCGCCCUCUGCAUUAUCCACGCAUCAUGACCAGGCAGUUGUGCACCGGCCUCGUCAUCUUUGGAUGGUCGUGUGGGUUCAUCAUCUUCCUAACUCCAGUAGUUCUCAUUUCACAGUUGUCCUACUGUGGCCCAAAUGUCAUCAACCACUUUAUGUGUGACCCUGUUCCACUGAUGAUGCUGUCCUGUUCUGAAGACACCACCACCCAGCUCAUUUAUUCCUCUCUCAAUUCUUUCUUCAUGAUAAGCACCUUUGUCUUUAUUCUCUGUUCCUACGCUCUGGUGCUUCUGGCUGUGGUGAGGAUGCCCUCAGAGUCUGGCAAACAAAAGGCUUUUUCUACUUGUGCUUCUCAUCUGGCAGUUGUCACCCUGUUUUAUGGCUCUAUUAUGAUGAUGUACAUUAGCCCUGAAUCAGGACAUCCAGUGGAAAUGCAAAAGAUUAUUACUCUGUUUUAUUCUGUGAUAACACCUCUCUGCAAUCCUCUAAUAUACAGCCUCAGGAACAAAGAGAUGAAGGCUGCUCUGAGGAAACUCUUAAAGAUCACACCACCCCAAAAUCUAGGGAAUCAAUGUUCUGGAGUAUAA